AGUGUUGGCGGAAGUCACGCGGUACGUGCCAAUAGAUGGUAAGGGCAGAUUUGGCAACAUGGCAGCCUCCGGGAAAAAGAAACAGAUUCAGCAAGAGGAAUUGAGGCGGCUGAUGAAAGCAAAGCAGCGGGAGAGCUCGGUCAAGAAAAGGAUAGAGUCUCCGUUUGCUAAAUACAACAGUCUCGGUCACUUGUCCUGUGCUGUUUGUAAUGUACACAUAAAGAAUGAAAUUCUGUGGCAAGCACACAUCCUUGGGAAGCAACAUAAAGAGAAAGUUGCAGAACUGAAAGGCACAAAGGCAAACACCAGCAGUUCAUCUGUCACAACAUCACAGCUUUCACAGCCUACUAAACGAAAAGGACUACAGCCCGAGAGAGAGGACAGUAAAAAACCUAAAGAUUCAGAAGAGCAGCCUCCUGCUUCAACAACAAAGCUUCCAACUGGGUUUUUUGAAGCAUCAGAGCAACCUUCUCACAAACAGACUGCUAUAAAAGCACCAGGUUUAAAAUUGCUAGCAGGAGAUUAUGAUGAUGACAGUGAAGAAGAAGCAAGCCAUGACAAAGAACCCUCUUCUGAACCAAAAAACACCGAAAUCCCACUACCUCCACCAACAGCAAGUGCUGACAGCCUGCCACCAGAUUUCUUUGACAAUAAAACGCCCGUGGUAUCACAUUCUGGAUCGAUUCUGAAGGCAGAGAUACAAGAGAAGGCAGUAGAAAGGAAAGAGAAUACAGCUGAAGCAUUGCCCGAGGGAUUCUUUGAUGACCCAGAAGUGGAUGCAAAGGUGCGGAAAGUUGAUGCUCCUAAAGAUCAGAUGGAUAAGGAAUGGGAAGAAUUUCAGAAGGAAAUACGCCAGGUUAAUACUGUUUCUGAAGCGAUUGUUGCUGAUGAAGAUGAGGAAGGCAGACUUGAUCGUCAGAUUGAUGAGAUUGAUGAACAAAUUGAGUGUUAUCGACGUAUCGAGCACCUGAGGAACCAGAAGGAUGGGUUGCAGGAAACAUUAAAGGACAUUAUGAUGUCGAAGGCCAACAAAUAUCAAGAUGGAGAUGAGGUCAGAAGUGAUGAUGAAGAAAUGCUGCCAAUGAUCCUUGCGCAGAACUGGCGUGAAAAGGGGGCCUUUCUUUAGUGUUCUUUCAUACUCCAUUCUAUUUAAUUGUAUUAAAGGGGAGGUCAAACAUCAGUUAACAGAUUGGUAUAUAUGGCAGGGACUUGUAAAUACAAAAUAACAUCAAUAAAUAAGACAUCAAAGCAUAUAUUUGCCUCAAUUAAACUUUCUUUAUUACCAACUUUUUUUUUUUGGUUUGCUUGCCUGUGUUUUCAGAGCUGUUGGAGAUAAUAGGUAUCAGUAUUUGUAAUAGUAUUUCAUUUUCUGUCCUCCUUUUUUCCUUAUGUCAAUAAAGUUGUAAUAUUUUCGUAUA